AUGAGUUUGUUUGUGCGUGUGUUUUCUUUAUUGCAGUCUAAGAAAUUAGAAUAUGUGAAUUCUGAAUAUGGAAAGAACGCAGUGAGAAUCCUGUACGUGAGACGGGAAGGCCAGGUACACUGCAUUAAAGAACUGUCAAUCUCUGUACACAUCAGACUCAACACUAUGAAUGAAUACUUGAAUGCUGACAACUCCAGAGUCAUCCCUACAGACACCAUAAAGAAUACAAUUGAAGCACUGGCCAAGUGCAAUGGGAUCAGAACAAUAGAGGAGUUUGGGCUGGAUAUCUGUGAGCACUUCAUUAACACUUUCUGCCACGUGGUGUAUUGCAAUGCCUUUAUCCAUGAGGUUCCCUGGCAGCGCCUUGAAAAGGACAAUAUUCCCCAUGUCCAUGCUUUUCUCUACAGUUCUGAAGGAAUUCGAUUUUGUGAAGUGGAACAGACUCAGGACAAUCGUCCAAUUGUUUUCUCUGGCAUUAAGGACUUAAAACUUAUGAAAACAACCCAGUCUGGAUUUCAGGGCUUUCUUAAAGAAAGAUACACCACACUUCCAGAAAGGAUAGAUAGAGUGUUGUCGGUGGAAACUCUCAUCAAAUGGUGCUACGGUGAAUGCUUGGAUGGCCUUGAUUAUGAUGCCAUCUGGAGAACUGCCCACGAAAGUGUCCUGGAUGCUUUUGCUGGGCCACCAGAAACAGGCCAUUACUCACCGUCUUACCAGAAAACAGUCAACUGUAUUCAGACAUACAUUCUGGAUAGAAUCCCACAGAUUGAAGAGAUAGAAGUGAUCCUGUCUAACAUCCACUAUUCGGUGACAAAUUUAGAAAAACUGGGAAUAUCCAAUGACAAAGAGAUUUUUACACCCCAGGAGACACCAUUUGGUGCUUGUGCAUCCACGCUGCGUAGGAAGGAUUGUUCAAAAAAUCUGCGUCAGAUUUCAUCUUUUGUAGUAGGCUUGCUUGGAGAAAAGUUUUCGAGGAUUUCAGUCUUUCAGAAUGGGACAUUUCAUCACAUGGAACAUGGAACAAAUUUAUCUAAAUGUUUUCAUUUACUGUUCUUUUACUUUAAUAAGGUAUAAGUAAUUUUCAAGUUUCUCUUGCCUUCUGUGGCCUGUUCUUUAGGGUUAAGCUUUCUAAACUGAAAAAAAAUGAAAAUGUCUCUAGCAAGGGGUAAAGAAUUUCUAGGUGCCUCCUCUGUGACAGCUCUUUUCUUCGUUUACAAAUCUCAAGAGAGCAGAGAAGGAUAUUUACCAAUGCUUUUAACAUCUGCUUUUUGUUGGGAAACAUACACUAAAGUCUUAUGAAAUGGGAGAGCUUAAUUAAUGUGACCUAUUGGAGAAAAAAAAAACAUUGCUGGCCACUUUAUAAUUUGGGGACACACCCACUCUAAAAGAAAAUCUACAUAUCACCAUUAAAAAGUAUGAAAACUGCCUUAUCAACAAGGUUUUUAAUAAGAAAGCCCAGAAAAUUCUCCAAAAUAUGAGUUAAUUAGUAUCAACUAGUAUCGGCUUUUCUGUUGUUCAAAAUUUGACUGCAUAAUUUAAUCUGUUUACUUUUUAUUCUAUCCUAUCUUUCAACUAGAGAAUUACUAGAAUUAAUAUUAUAAUGUCUCAAA